ACGUCGCACAGGUGCUCUGAUAGUUUGGACGCAUGUGUUAGGACGGUGUCCUUAAGACGUGUAUUACUGUAUAGCUCAAUUGUAUAUUAGGUCCUCAUCUGGUUAUUUGAAUGCUUAAUAUUUUAUUAGACUCCGGAAGUGGCCAUGACUGCCCGAGGCACUUCUAGUCGUUUUUUACAAAGUGUUCUGCAGAACGGAGUCGGUCGAUACGUGUGUCAGCUGAAACGUGUGUCUCUUAUCUUCUCUAAAAACGGACAGAGUUCCUUAGGAGUCAGGGAGUUUAUUGAGGAUGGUGUGGUUGACUUUGCUAAAAAGAACCCAGGAAUUGUCGUCUACGUCUCUCCCGAGUCAUGCAGAAUUCCCAAAAUUGUUGCUGAAUAUCUCAAUGGUAAUGUGAAGCAAGAGCUUGUCACCAAUAAAACCUCACAACAGAUUGCUGAGCUGAUUACUAAAAUGGCUAAUCAGUCUGGCCUGGACAUCAUCCGCAUCCGAAAGCCUUUCCACACAGACAGACCGAGUAUACAAGGCCAGUGGCAUCCGUUCACAAACCGGCCACCCAGCACAAAGCCUGUUGGUCCACAGCCGAAAUGAAGACUUGUCAGCAUCUAUUUCUACUUUCGCUAAACUGACUUUUUUGACAUCUUACAAAUUACCAAGUGAAUGUAACACCUUCAAUGAUGAUUGUGUAUGGGUGUACGGUAUUUGAAAAUUGACUGUACAUUAAACACUGAAUAAAGGCGGAUUAACUCCA